UGUUUUUAAAAAAGAUUGAAGAUGGCGACCAGCUCGGAGCGCAGUCCUCCUCCGUUCCCCGACUCUGAGGACCAAGAUGUGCUGGACUCCGAAGAAGUCGCAGGCCGAGAUAGUGAUGAAGACGACGGGGAAGACCUCUUCAUGAGCGCAACCGAGCCUUCACUGACCGAAAUGGACACCACACUGCCACCUGCCACGCAACCCAGUGAUGAUUUAUUGACACCCCCCACUGACAUCAUGGACGAUCCCUUAAUUGAGCCCAUUAGCAGCCACACAGAAAACAAACCAGCGAGUGAAGUUGUCAGUGAACACUCGGAUGAUUUUGUCGACCUAACAAACAACGUAACCGAAGCUGCUGCUGACACAGUCGAAGCUGCAGCGAAAGACACAACUGAAAUCUCUUUAGAUGAACCCUCAGAUGAUUUUGUUGACAUAUUGGGAAGUGAAACCGAGGCACCGCGAGAGGAAGUAGUGGUAGCGGAUGUGACUGCUGAAGAGGCAACGGGUAAAAGUGAAGUGGCAGACAGUGUUACAGAUCCACCUGGCGAUGGGAAACAGGAAGUAAAAGAAACUUCCAGUGCUCCAAUUAUCGAUUUCAGCGGUGAUGAUGCAUCCACCACUGUCACACAACAGCCAUCUGGCACUGAAAAAAUUGUUGACCCUCUGCUUGACCUCCUCAGUGAUGCUCCACCUGCUGCUGAUGCCAAAAAACCCAGCAGGGCAACAAUCGACCUGUUCCAGGACGAGGGAACCGACUUGUUUUCAGAACCACGGCAGACUAAAUCUGCCAAGCAGCCACAGAAAAGCCUCUUCGGUGAACCUGACGAGGAUCUGUUCGGUGAGCCACUGGGUGCCACCUCAAAGAAAAGCAUCAAUAAAGAGCAGAAGGACAAAUCUGUCACAAGCAAAGCUGCUGCUGGCGAUGGUAUCAACAUAGCUGGGCCUCUGCAAGAGAGUACUCCUGCAGAACCUGCUGAUAUCUUCAGUGAAGAAGCUGUCGCCACAGCGCCCAGCAUCAGCAACACCAGCUCUGUCAACUCCAAGACCAAUGGAGUGCACUCUGAAGAGGAGACUGAUAUCUUUGCUGAAGCCACAGUGGAGCUUUCUCUCGACAGUCCGCGCAACGAGAGAAAGAAGGAGGUGACUGCAUCCACCCCCUCCCUGUCUGUUGCUGCCAGCCUGGCCAAGCCACAAUCUGCUGCCCUUGAGGAGUUGGAAGAAGAGGAGGAGGAGGAGGAGGAGGAGGAGGAGCAGGAAGACAAAUUUGACAUCUUUGUCUCCGUCAAAGACCCUGAAAAAAUAGGGGACGGGAUGAACGCUUACAUGGCCUACAAAGUAUCCACUCAGACCACACUGCCCAUGUUCCGCAACAAGACAUACACAGUGAGGCGACGCUUCAGCGACUUCCUCGGCCUCUAUGAGAAGCUUUCUGAAAAACAUGGACCAAAUGGAUUCAUCGUGCCUCCACCGCCAGAAAAAAGCAUCCUGGGUAUGACAAAGGUGAAGGUAGGAAAGGAAGAUUCCUCAUCUGCAGACUUUGUUGAGAGAAGAAGAGGUGCCUUGGAGAGGUAUCUCCAGAGGGUGGUAAAUCACCCAUCGCUUCUCCAAGAUCCAGAUGUCAGAGAGUUCCUGGAGAGAGAAGAAUUGCCCAGAGCAGUGAGCACCCAGGCUCUGAGCGGCGCUGGCUUCCUGAAAAUGAUUAACAAAGCAACAGAUGCUGUCAGUAAAAUGACCAUCAAGAUGAAUGAGUCAGAUGUGUGGUUUGAGGAGAAGCUGCAGGAGGUGGAGUCUGCAGACCAGCAGUUCAGGAAGCUCCAUGCUCUGGUCGAAUCCCUGGUUGUCCAUAGAAAAGAGCUGUCGUUGAACACGGCGAGCUUUGCCAAGAGUGCAGCCAUGCUGGGCAGUGCAGAGGACAACACCGCUCUGUCCCGAGCUCUGUCCCAGCUGGCAGAGGUGGAGGAUAAGAUGGAGCAGUUACACCAGGAGCAGGCUGCCAAUGACACUUUCAGCUUCGCCGAACUCAUUGCAGAUUUCAUCCGCCUGCUUGGAGCCGUGAGGGGGUCGUUUGAUCACCGGAUGAAGGCGUGGCAACGUUGGCAGGAUGCUCAGGCCAUGUUGCAGAAGAAGAGGGAGACUGAGGCCAAACUGCUGUGGGCCAACAAGCCGGACAAACUGCAGCUGGCUAAAGAGGAGAUCGCUGAGUGGGAGGCCAAAGUGACACAGUAUGAGAGAGACUUUGAAAGAGUUUCAGCCACCGUGCGCAAGGAAGUCGUUCGCUUUGAGAAAGAAAAGGCCAAACAUUUCAAAAGACAGAUAAUCAACUACUUGGAGUCUCUGCUCCAAUCUCAGCAACAGCUGAUAAAGUAUUGGGAGGCUUUCUUACCAGAAGCAAAAGCAAUUGCCUAAUCCUCAAGUACCAGCCUUUUGGAUGACACAACAGGCUGCCUUUUUCUUAUACACUUUACCUCUUUUGCCUUUAAACCAAGGAAAAUGAGUGCAUUGUAAAGGGAGAUACAAUCAAACCAGUUUUUUUAAUCACCUUUAACAUAAUAGCUCUGUAUUCUAUUGUAUUAAUAAUUGUAUAUUUUCAUUUAAUCUUUCACAAAUAUUUUCUUAUUAGAUGAAAAGAGUUUGCAUAUACAAAGAUAUGGACACACGAAAAGAGAGAAAAGUGUAGAUGAAUGAUUCCAUUGAUUUCCACAAGAGAAGGGAAAUGAACCGAGUCCGUUGUUCUCAGGAUUUUCUCCCUCGUGUGAUCAGGAGUUCCUUCACAUCAGCAGUGGUUAAUUGUUUACAGCACGGCUGCUCUCUCAUCAGAUAUUUCUGGGGACCCAGAUGAAGAAAGUGGCCAAGAGUUUCACUCUUUCUUUUUCUUUUAAAAGACUUAAAGGGAUAAAAUAACAGUUUAAAAAAAAAAAAAAAAAAGAAUUAUGAGCACUUCCACCAGGUGGAUAAAGUACUGAAGUACCAGCCAUGUUUUCUUUUCUUCUUCUUUUCCUUGAGAUUUAAAAUACUAUUGAUGCUGAGGGGCCUGGGUGCGGGGUAAAGAGAGGCAUUAGAUGAGCUAACUCUACAGCUGUGGUCAAGGGUUGCAUCAUACUGUAGGUGAAGCUUUUGGGUUUAAAUGUUUUAGAUUUGAUUUCAAUCAUUGUGCAAACUUUACUCUUACAACUACACAUGUCUGUGCCUUUUUAAGUCUGAACGGUGUUUUGUCUCCAGACACCAUGUUAACUCUGGUUUAGGAUAAAGUUGUGCCCAGUUGUGGGCAGUGCAGAGGCUCGUUACAUAACAGUUACUCCCACAACAGCCAUAAUGAUAUAAUGAGUGUCAAUGCUGAGGUUAAAGAGCAAUGUCCAUUUACUACACAUUACAUCUUUUUCUUCCUCUAAAUUCUUGCCUCUAAUGCUGUAAGUUUGGUCAUCUGUUUUUGCUACUUUCUCGUCAGCCUUUGGAUUCAGUCUCUGCAGAUCAACCUGCAGAGACUUGAAACAGUUAAUCCUCAUAGUGAACGUGACGUCUGAGUCUGUUUUUGUCAAAGCUACAUCAUUGUGUGGUAAUGCUGUACAGCAAGUCAGUGGGAACUCUUUAAGGCAUUAGCAAGCAAUGAUGACUAACUUUGAGAAUAAUACAUUAAAUGCAGACAUGCUCUCACUGUAUGGUCGGUCUCACUAAGUACAGCAGUGUACUGUAAUCAAAUGAAUGGAAACUAAUGCCUGGUAGGUAGGAUGCUGCUUCGACAUAUGGUUGGCAAUCAUGUCCUAGAAUAAAAAGGCUGCAACUAAGAAUAUUUCCAUUAUGAAUUAAUCUGUUGAUAUUUUCAAUUGUUUAUUCUGUAAACAUAUGAUCAUGAAAAUACACAGUGUCCCAGAGCCCAAGGUGACAUCUUGAAAUUGUUUUAUCAGCAUCAGUCCAAAACCCAAAGAUAUGUAAAGGUACCCUGUGGAGUUUUUAAAAACUAAUGGCGCGAUGGAGUUUUUAAGCGUGUGUUUGUAUUUUUGUUAGUAACACACGGGUGAAUCCCUCUGAUGGUUUCACGCUCUUCCCCUGAUCAAAAGCUGCCAAGAAACUCAGCAAUGUGCCAACAAAGGCAUGGAAGAAGACGACCGUUAGCUGGCCAAACAGAAACUUAACAGUUUACCUUUCUUUAAAAACUGACUGCAAAUAUUUUAUGUGGUGUUGAUAAACUAUAUGUAAACAUAUCUUGCUUACAAAAAAUCCACAGAGUACCUUUUAAUGUACAGGGAUAUAAAAGAAAAAGACACCAGUAUGCACAUUUGAAAAAAUGGCACUAGUGAACGUUUGGUUUUUUUGCUUGAUUUUUUUUUUUUUUUUUUUUGAAUGAUUUCAGUGAUCAAUUAAUUAUCAAAAUUGUUCAUCAUUUCAGCACUAAACAGUACUGUCUGUGAUUUCUAUUGAAAUGGGCAACAGCAUGAAAACACACUGGAAUAGUCCUUUUAACAUCCAGUCUGAAAGCCCCACACAUGGGCCGAUGAUGUUGACCUGUAAACAUAAGAUUAACAUGAAAUACUAAACGUACUGAUGUCAUAGUGAACCUAAUGCUUCCCUGACGCCUCAGUCCGCAGUGACCCGUGUCACAGCGUUAUGUGGCGGGGCUGCCAUCUUGUGAUUACAGCUUUAAUUUCACAUUUGCACACAGUUGAACUGAAGCCGUGCAGCAGUGACGCUACACUUCGUUUGUUGUCGUUAAGGCAUCACUAAGCUUGCAGACAUUUCUUUGCACUGUUGGGGUUUGUUUUCGUUUCUGAGUUUUCAACUGUUGUUACAUUAGACAGCGUUUAAUUCAAAUGGGCUGUUAGAGUGUCAUCAUACUGUGUCAUUCUGUGUCCUCGUGCAGAGCAAUGUCGGCAGCGUGCACUGUCAUAGAAAUUUCUUUUAAAACAAAUCAAUAAAAGUUGCACUGUUUACACUUGGAGAUUUAAUUAAGAACUCCAGGCUUCAGUGUUUUAUUUCU